AGGAACUGAAGCUCCUGUCUGAUUGUUGUUCAGAGCCUCCAGAAAGUGUGAAGAUGUUCGCCGUGCACUUACUGUCCUUUUACUUCACCAAGCUGCAGGAAGAUCAAAUCAAAAAGGUCGAUCGUUUCCUGUAUAAACUGCGUCUGUCGGAUGAGCAGCUCUCGGACGUCGCGGCUCGUUUCCUGGUCGAGAUGGAAAAAGGUCUUUCAAACGAGAGCAACGCCGCAGCUACCGUCAAAAUGCUGCCCACACACGUCCGGUCCACGCCCGACGGUUCAGAGAAGGGCGAGUUCCUGGCCCUAGAUCUCGGAGGUUCCAGGUUUAAAGUGCUUCAGGUGAAGGUGUCUGAGAACGGGAAGAGGAACGUGCACAUGGAGAGCGAGACCUUCCCGGUUCCUGAUGAGGUUCUCAACGGGAGAGGAACUGAUCUCUUCGAUCACGUGGCCGAGUCUUUAAAAUCCUUCAUGCAGAAGAACAACAUCAACCAGAAGAGAAGAGCUCUGGGCUUCACCUUCUCCUUCCCCUGUCUCCAGUCUAAACUGGACGAGGGUGUGUUGAUUUCUUGGUCGAAGAACUACAAGGCGAGAGGCGUCCAGGGUGCCGACGUGGUGCAGCUGCUGAGGAAAGCCGUCAGAAAAGUCCAGGGGCUUGACGUGGACGUCCUUGCCCUCGUCAAUGACACCGUGGGGACCAUGAUGACCUGUGGAUACGACGACCACCACUGUGAAGUUGGAGUCAUCAUAGGUACGGGCACUAACGCCUGCUACAUGGAGGAGCUGAGGCACAUCGACCUGGUGGAAGGAGACGAGGGACGGAUGUGCAUCAACACCGAGUGGGGGGCGUUCGGGGACGACGGGGCGCUCGAUGAUUUCAUUACAAGCUUCGAUCGAGAAAUCGAUGCAGCCUCCAGCAAUCCUGGAAAACAGCUGUUUGAGAAGAUGGUCAGUGGGAUGUACAUGGGCGAGCUGGUGAGGCUCAUCCUGCUGAAGAUGGCUAAACGUGGUCUGCUGUUCCACGGCGGCGUCUCAGACGCUCUCCGUACCAAAGGAAGCUUUCAGACCAAACACGUCUGCAUGAUAGAAGAGUACAGAGACGGGCUCAGUAACACCCGGGAGAUUCUCUCUGGUCUGGGUCUCAGUCCCUCUGAGGAGGACUGCAUCGCCGUCCAACACGUCUGCACCAUCGUGUCCUUCAGGUCCGCCAACCUGUGUGCUGCCACCCUGGCCGCCAUCCUGACCCGCAUCCGGAACAACAAGAAGCUGAAAACGCUGAGGACGACCGUGGGAGUGGACGGGACCGUCUACAGAACUCAUCCCCAGUACGCUAAGAGGCUCCAUAAGGUGGUGCGCCGCCUGGUGCCCGAGUGCAGCGUCCGCUUCGUGCUGUCGGAGAGCGGGAGCGGGAAAGGUGCUGCCAUGGUAACGGCGGUCGCCCAGCGGCUGGCGUCGCAGCGUAAGGAAAUUGACGACACGCUAGCAGAGUUCACGCUCAGCUCCGCCCAGCUCCAUCAGGUGAAGCAGAAGAUGCGGGUGGAGCUGGAACGCGGUCUGAAGAAGGACCUUCAUUCCUCCGCCUCCGUCAAAAUGCUGCCCGCCUACGUGUACAGGACUCCAGACGGCACAGAGAGAGGUAAAUUCCUGGCCCUGGAUCUGGGUGGAACCAACUUCCGGGUUUUGGUGGUGAAGAUCCAGAGUGGAAUCCGUAAAUCCGUCCGUAUGUACAACAAGAUCUACGCUAUUCCACUGGAGAUCAUGCAGGGUACAGGAGAGGAGCUCUUCGAUCACAUCGUUCAGUGUAUCUCAGACUUCCUGGACUACAUGGGAAUGAAGAACACUCGUCUGCCGCUGGGAUUCACCUUCUCCUUCCCCUGCAGACAGACCGGAAUCGAUAAGGGAAGUUUAGUAAACUGGACUAAAGGCUUUAAAGCUACAGACUGUGAGGGACACGACGUGGUGGACAUGCUGAGAGAGGCCAUCAAGAGACGAAACGAAUUUGAUCUUGAUAUAGUUGCUGUGGUGAAUGAUACGGUCGGUACCAUGAUGACCUGCGCUUAUGAAGAUCCCAAAUGUGAAAUCGGACUCAUUGCUGGAACUGGCAGUAACGUGUGCUACAUGGAAGAGGUGAAGAACAUUGAAACGGUGGACGGGGACCAAGGACAGAUGUGUGUGAACACUGAGUGGGGAGGUUUUGGGGACAACGACAACAUCGAGGACAUCCGGACCUGGUUUGAUCGGGAGGUCGAUAAAGGAUCCCUGAAUGUAGGAAAACAAAGGUUUGAGAAGAUGACCAGUGGUAUGUACCUGGGAGAAAUCGUCCGUCAGAUCCUCAUUCAUCUCACCCGCCGGGGUCUUCUGUUCCGCGGUCACAUCACAGAGUGUCUGAAGACCAAAGGAAUCUUCGAAACCAAGUUCCUCUCACAGAUUGAAAGUGACCGCUUGGCUCUGCUGCAAGUCAGGUCCAUCCUGCAGCACUUGGGUCUGGACAGCACGUGUGAUGACAGCAUCAUCGUUAAGGAAGUGUGCGGCGUGGUGUCGCGCCGGGCCGCUCAGAUCUGCGGAGCCGGAAUGGCCGCCGUGGUGGACAAGAUCCGGGAGAACAGGGGCCUUGAUCACCUGGAGAUCACGGUGGGGGUGGACGGCACGCUCUACAAACUCCAUCCACACUUCUCCAGGAUCCUGAAGGAGACGGUGAAGGAACUCGCCCCCAAGUGUGACGUGGAUUUUAUUUUAUCUGAGGACGGCAGCGGUAAAGGAGCGGCGCUAAUCACGGCUGUGGCGCGUCAGUACUGUAAAGGGGCGUAAAGACGCUUCAAUCAAGGACUCACUCCAUCAAGAUUUACGACAGGAUGUAGUAAAACUGAUUUCAUCACCUGACACGAUGAAGCUAAAAAUAUUAUUUUAUUCAGUUCAGUUUUUAUUUAUGAGUGAAUAUUAAAUAUAAAUGAGGGUUUUUACACGUUUAUGGACGCGAGUGCUGCGUUUGGACCUGAUAACGUCCUGAUGUUUGAUUCAGGAGAACCUGGAGAACAGAUCACACCGUGUGUUCUGACCCUGAACACAGGAACCGACUGAUAUGAUUCAUAUUUAUUUAUUAUUUUUUAAAUUUCCCUCCUAAUCUAGUCAGACCCGAUUCCCAGAUGAUAUUUCUCCUCUACUGCUGCAGACCUCCACCUCCCUCCGACACGUGUGCAGCACUGACCGCUUCUUUUCACCUGCACCAGGCGGGUUCAUUAAUAGCGCUUUUCCACCAAAAGAACUCUGGUUCUGGUUCCUGAACCGGUUCUGUUCAGGUGUUUUGUAGAGAACCGGACGCGUUUUCACCAGUUUUUAGAAACCAAGCAUACGUCAUCAACGGUGGGCGUUACAUAGCGACAGUAAAGAGUAACAUGGUGGUGGAGCGUGUAGUAUAACUGUGGGGAUUUGUGCUGAUGUUACAGAUGUUUGCUUAUAUGUAAAAAGCAUGGAUCAGCUGUUGGUGAUAAGAAGACGUGACGUGUUUGUCUCAGUUAUUUUCUUUAGUUCAUUGACAUGAGAAGCACUUGUGAGCGCACCCAAACCUCGACACUGUGACACGCCCACAUGUGACGUCACGGUUCACGCUGAUGAACCCAGUACUCUGUGGUGCCAGAUUAGAACGCUGGUUCUCUGUCUGGAACCUUUUUUUUCAGUGGAAACAAAAUCAAAGUUCUUGAACCAGAACGGAGCCGGAGCCGCGUCGGUGGAAAAGGGGUAACAGAGAUCCGUAUCAUGCACAGAGAGUCUCAGUGCAGCACCUUUCACCUCAGUAAUGAGGAAUCCCUCAGACAAGCUGAAUUUAUAUAAAACCUCUCAUAAUAAUAAUAAUAAUAAUAAUGCAUUUAUUAAAGCAAUAAAAGAAUUAGUUUGCAGUAUGAUGAGGUGAUUAUUUGUAUGUGGAUCUGAAGGAAUUAAAACAUGAUGCUGAUGCUGAAUGUCUCUGUACUGGUUCCUGUUUGAGUUUAUUACUGGAUGACCCACUGGCUGAUCCCCCGGUGUAAGCCCUCCUCCUCCUCCUCUAACUCUUUGUGUGGUAUGACUGACCGGGUUUGCAUGACCAGGCAGAGUGAAUAGGUUGGAUCUAGGUACAAUGGAACGUUACAGAUUUAGACCAGCGAGGCGCUCGGCUCCAUCUCAGCAACGAGGACACCAGUGUGAGAACAAACCCAGUCUGGAUGUAAUGAUGCAGAAUAUUUUCAGUAGGUGAUUUUAGUUUAGUGGUUCUGGUUAGUGAUGGGAGUUUUCUUAAAGUGCGUCGUUCACCCAAAGACACGCAAAUAUGGACAUUUCAGAAGCUCCAACACACUGAUGUAAGUUAACAAUGAUUAACAAAGUAAAGCUGCAGCACCAGUGUUUUUUUUAUAUUAUUAGCAUUAACAUUGUUCAGAUACUGUAUCUACCUACCAUUUUUACCGAUUACAUUCGAACCACAAAUAAAACGUUUCAUUAAA